UAUUAGUAUUCGCGUCCUUUGGGUGUGCAGUGUUGCCAUCCACAGAGCCACGUCAGGCCUGUAGCAACUGCUCGUCUUCUGCUGCCUCUCCAAGGUUAGAGAUAGGCCCAGCCCGACGAGCCGGAGACUCUCACAGGAACAAGACGCCGGGAGCCGAGCUGACACCGCGAUAGCAGGAAUUAAGUUUUUUGGUUUUUCGUUCGGAUUUUCAAGCUCAGAAUUCUCCAGCGCGGACACUGGCGGCGCGUAUUUCUGCGCAGCAAGGAAAAACAGAUCGCUAUCGCCCUCCGCGGUUUAAUGGAAACGCGCAAUCAUAAAAAAUGGUUACAUUUGGAGAGUCUCCGUGACUGCGAUCGCCUCCUCUUGACAUCGGUGCGUCAGGAGAGACGCCUCAGCUAGCUGUGGACUCUUGCUUGGGUGUGAAGUCUUCUCUGCUGCUGCUCCUGGAGUGAAGGUGACUUGCGCCCCGUUGCAGUCGAGGCAAUGCGGAGAGGAGUCACGGGCGCUCAUCCGGCACUUCUCCUGCGCUUUCAGCCUCGUCUGGGAAAACACUCGCUCCCUCUCCCACAUUAGAAAGGUGGGGGAGAGAGAACGAACGCUAGGAGGAUAGAGCAAUAACAGUAAUCGAGGUUAAAAAAACUCUCCCAGCCAGUAGUUGGCGAAGGUGAACUGAGCGCAAAAGCGGAGAGGAGAGGAUAAGGUGAACAGUUAAGGGGGGUUGGUGAGGCAGGAAGAGAGAAAGUGGUUGGAGUUUGGAAGGUGGGGGGAUAAAGGCACACAAAAAAACGUUCUGUCUUAGGGCUGUUUUAAUAGUGGAUGUGUAUGCAUGAGUUCUGCAUCGAAUGGGCGCAAAAACCGCCCCAGAUCCGCCGGGAACAUCUUCCAAAUCGGCAAGCCUCCUUACCGAGACCCACAGAGGAGGGAGAGCACCGAAAGUACCCGCAAAGCCCAGCGAGCCGUGGCCGACUGCAGAAUGAUCGUCCAGGAAUUCAAUACACUCGUGGCUUUGUACCGUGAGCUGGUCAUCUCCAUUGGUGAGAUCACCGUUGAUUGUCCUUCCUUACGGGCCGAAAUGCUGAAGACCCGAACCAAAGGCUGCGAAAUGGCGAGAGCUGCUCACCACAGCCUCUCCUUGAUAUCGGGGCCAGAGGAUGGGGAGAUCCACCCUGAGAUCUGUAGACUGUUCAUCCAGCUGCAGUGCUGUCUGGAGAUGUACAUCACAGAGAUGUUAAAAUCUGUCUGCUUGCUGGGAUCCCUGCAGCUCCAUCGGAAAGGCAAGGAUUCAUGUGGUCCUCCUGGGGUCGACAGCAAGAUCGAGGAGAGCUCAGACAUCCCCAUCCUGGAGGACACCUCUUCCUCCCCCACUGACUGUCCUCAGCUCUGCUGGCUGGUGGCCACUGACAUAGAAAACAUAGAAAAGGAUAUGAGAGAGAUGAAGAACCUUCUCAGUAAACUCAGGGAGACAAUGCCUUUACCACUGAAGAACCAAGAUGACAGCAGUUUGCUGAACCUGACUCCCUACCCGCUUGUCCGACAGAGGAAGAGGCGGUUCUUUGGGCUCUGUUGCCUGGUAACCAGCUAAGGGCCCCGCCUUCGUGGGUAGGAGGCAGCAACAAAGACACCAUUACCCACUGUCCUUCACCACUUGUGUCUCCCACCAAUCUAUUACUGCCAUUUUCAAAUAAAUUGUCUCUUUCUUCUUUUUUUUAAAGGCUGCCCAUUUUAUAAUUUUAUUUUGUAAUACAAAGAAGAAUUGUAACUGCAAUGUAAUGAAAAACAAAAGUCAUGAACAUAUAUUUUAAGAUAUUUUGCAACAGAUCCUCCCUUUUUUGGUAAAUGACGUCAGAUAUCUGCUUGUCCAAUGUGAAAGCGAAUGAGAGGUCAUCUGAAAACAGUAUCAAUGUUCAAUUACUUCCAUAAGCCUGAGUGAAUGAAAUGACAAUUCAUGUUAUAAAAAAGGGAAUAUAAAUGUCUGUUUUGUCAGAAAUCAUGUGAUAACUUAUGAAUAGACGCCAUUUGAAUAUUUGGGGAUGGCACUUGCAAAGACAAAGUUAUACCUUCGUCUGUCUACGCCGAGAUGACAGGUUUGUGCAGAAUAAGUUUGUUGUGUAUUACAGUCUCUGUUUUCUGUUUCCUGCUGUUUUUCUUCUCAAUGUACUUAAUUUAGUCUUCCAUAAACCAAGAACCUGUACCCAACUAAACUUUCCAGCUUCGAAAAGGAAUAUAUGAUACAAUACUCAAAAGAAAACUUCUUUGCACACAAUAUCUAUCCAUAAAUUGACAUUAGACUUGUAUAUACACAUACUCGUAACACAAUGCUCUCUGAAUUAUUUUCAAAGUUGGAGGUGGUUAGCAAAGAAUCUGCUUGUUGGUAUGAGCUGGGAGGCUUUCUCUCUGUCUGAGCCAGUCAGAGGGCAGAAAGUUUGGUUGAUUAAAGAGAGUGAUCAGUGAUCAUGGCACGGUGAAGAUACAGUAGUCAAAGCUGAUAUAGGUCAUUUUACAUUGUUAAUAAAACUUUUGUUAUUGAAACUUA